GCUAUAUCGGAAUAUUAUUUUUUUCGUAUGAACGUGGCGAAUGUUAAGUUUUGAUCAUUAUAUUUUUGGAUAUAAAAAUUCGAAAAUUUCCAGAAAUUAGCGUUUUGAUAUGGGUUUGUGUAAGUGUCCUAAACGACAAGUCACUACUCAAUUUUGCUUUGAGCAUCGAGUCAAUGUAUGUGAAAAUUGUAUGGUUGUAAAUCACAUGAAGUGCACAGUUCAAUCCUACAUACAAUGGUUAAAAGAUAGCGAUUUUGACUCAUGCUGUACUUUAUGUGGAAGUUUGCUGGAUGAUGAAGAUUGUGUGCGUUUGAUUUGUUACCAUGUUUUCCAUUGGAAAUGUUUGAAUCUAAAACAACAAUCCUUGCCGGCCAAUACAGCACCAGGGGGAUAUACUUGUCCAACUUGUAGUGAUCCAAUUUUCCCUCCUGCUAAUCUAGUCUCACCGGUAGCAGAUGUUUUGAGAACCAGACUGGGACAAGUGAAUUGGGCAAGAAAUGUAUUAGAACUGCCUUUGCUGCUUGAAGAGAAAGCGGAAUAUGCGACUGCUUCAAUUAGUUCACACAGUGGAAACCUGUUUGCAAGUAACCUAGCCCAAAACAGAAGUACCCUUUCAGUUAAUGUUGGAAAAGUUGAUCGUCCAGGAAGUCCUCAUUCGAUCGUAAAUAUGGAUACAUACAUAAAUAGUUCCACACCUGCAUUAGAUUUUCAAGCAAGCAGUCGGCGUCCUUUGCUACAACGGGAAUCGCCAAUAGGUGCAUCCGACCGGGAUGAUAAUAAAUACAAAAAACGAACUCCACAGGAAAUAUUUUCCCGAUGGUCCAGACGAUUUUACGCACCGUCUUCUAAGCCACCAUGGCGUCGAACAUGGUUUUUGGUGUUGAGCGGUUGUGUAGGGUUUGUGUGUAUUGUGUACGUACUUGCUACUAUCGGACGACGCAGUGGAACUGGAGAUCUUAGCUUUAUCUAUAAUCGAAAUUUACCACACGAAGAAUGAAAAUUUAGCCUGUACUACUGUCUUACGCAAAGUAAGCACUUCUUCUUUUCUAAUGCAACUAUCGUUUUAUAUUGAAGAAAUACCUUCAAGCAAGCAAUUGUUUUGCAUGUAAGAAAGGUUUUCAAUUCAUUCUAAAACCAUUUUGUUUAUUAAUUAUUCCAUUUAGCCCCGGUCAAAGGUGUCUAUACUAGUUAUUGUGUUGAACCGGCUUCAAAUAAAUAAAAGUGCUAAUUAAUUUGAUUUACAGCUCUUCAA